AUGGGACUGGGUAUACUUCCUCAAUCUAUUCUAUCCUUAUUCACUCUUCAACUACGACCGCCACCCCCACCCUCUCUCUUUCUCUCUCUCUGGUUUUGGAGAUCUCCUUGUCGUUGGUCGCCUUACCAAGAAAAUCUCUCUGUUGCUGUUGUGACAUUCACUGAUAUUGACGCCGAUAAGGAUGGCAAGAUUAACAAAGAAGAAUGGAAGGCUUUUGCUGUUGGGCACCCAACAGCACUUCUGAAGAACAUGACACUUGCUUAUUUAAAGGACAUUACAACUGUGUUUCCAAGUUUUAUUUUCAACACUGAAGUUGAUGAAAACAUCUUGGCAAUAGUUUGGUAUGGCUAAAUGUUGAAAAUGAAGAGAGGAGCUUCUACUGCAUCAGACUGUUUUAAUCUUCCAAAGAAGUUGGGACUAUUUUUGUUUAUGUUGCUUCAAGAGUCACUUGCUCCAACUGGUACAAACACAAGGCUGGCCAAACCCAUUGCAUCUAUCUAUGAUCUAUCCAUUCUUUCACUAGAAACCUCAUUGGCAACAAAUAUCCCUAGUCUUUCAUGUACAUUGAUCAAAAUACUCCUAUUGUAUUAAAAGUGAUCUGGAAGCAUAGUCCUGUUUUGCUGUCUUGGUCCCCUCCCCCACGCCAAAUAAUUUUGCCAUUGCCAUCAUCCUCUGUCCUGUCACCCAUCAAUAACUAUUUCCUAUGCCAGCUCUGUGGAGCAGGCCUCUCACAUGAUGCG